AGAAAGAAGAGAGAGAAGAUUAAAUAUUGUUAUAAAAGGGGUAGAAGUAAAGGGAGGGAAUGUUAGAGAGGUGGUAGGAGGCGUGUUUGAGAAAAUAGGAGUGAAUGAGAGAGAAAUAAAUGUGAAGGACGCAUUUAUGAUUAGAGAGAAAGAGAGAGAGAGUAUGAUAGUAGUUAAAUUAAACAAUAUGUAUGAUAAACGAAGGAUAAUGGAGAAGAAAGGCGAACUGAGAGGAUCGAGAGUGUAUGUGGAUGAUGACAUGACGAAAAGUGAAAGAGAUAGACAGAGGGAGGUUAGGAUGUGGGCAAAAAGUGAGAGAGAUAAGGGUAGGCGUGUGAAGGUAGGGUUUGGGAGGGGAUGGUUAAAUGGAAAAGAGUAUGAAUGGAAGAGUGAGAGAGGGUGUAUGGGGGAAGUAAAUUUUCAAAGAGUGCUUGCAGUGUGAAUGAGAAAAGAGGGGAAUACUAUAAAGGGGCGAGGAGGGGGAGAGGUAUUGGGGGAGGAAAGGGAGUUAGGAUGUGGUAUGGAAUGUGGCAGGGCUAAAAAAGAAGGACGAGGAUUUUUGGAAAUUCUUGAACGAUUUUGAUGUGGUCGGUUUGAUAGAAACGUGGGUAGAUGAAAGCGGGUGGGCAAAGAUGAAAGAGAGAAUGCCGGAGGGAUGGCGGUGGAAGUGCCAAGCAGCCAGGAGAGAGGGAAAAAAGGGAAGGGCGAAAGGGGGAAUUGUGACUGGAGUGAGAAGGGAGUUGGAGGAAAGAGAGAUUGGGUAUGAGGAGAAGGAUGGUAUACAAGAAAGGGAAGUGGUUAUAGAUAGGGAGAGGUGGAGAUUUGUAAUAGUGUAUAAUAGGGAGGGACGAAAAGAAGGUCUGGUUGAUCUAAAGGAGGUGAUUAAAGAGGAGAAAGAGGGAAUGUUAAUGAUAGCAGGGGAUUUUAAUGCUAGAAUAGGGAAAAAAGAAGGGUGGAAUAGACAAAGUAUAGAGGGAGAUGGAACAAAGGAGGAAGCUAGUAGAGAGUCCAAGGAUAAAGUAGUAAAUAAGCAAGGAAGGGAUUUGAUGGAGGUGAUAGAAGAAAGAGGCUGGAUGGUGCUGAACGGAGAAAAGGAAGGGGAUGAGAAGGGGGAGUGGACCUAUGAGAAGGGAGGAGGGAGGUCAGUAAUUGAUUUUGGUAUAGUAAACUGGGAAGCUUGGGAGAGAGUAAGGAGAUUUGAGGUAGGGUGUAGGGGGGAGUCAGACCAUCAGCCAAUUGUGAUAGAGUUAGGGACAUAUUAUGAAAGGGAAGAAGAGAAGAGAGGGGAAGAAUUAAGAGUGCAGGACUGGUCAGAGGAGGGUACAAGCAGGUACAGGAAGGCAAUAGAAAAGGUAGAAUGGAUAGGGGGAGGGGUGAGAGAGAGAUGGGAGGAGUUGGAAAGAGAAAUUAAUAAGGCGGUAGAGUUUAAAAAAAGGGGGAAGAGAAAAGGGAUAGGGUGGUGCCCGUGGUGGGACGUAGAGUGUAAAGAAAAAAAGAGAGAGAUGAAUAGAGCGCGUAGACGGUAUAGAAGAGAACAGGAGGAAGGAAGGUACUCAAAAAGGUACUAUACUCAAAAAGGAGUAUAG